AUGUGGGAACCUUUCGGCACAUCGCUUGCGAAUGAGACGGCUUCGUGGAGAUCUGGUCCUAACGAGAGAGGAACACUCCGCAUCCUGACCACAUGUAUUCUUACGCUUGUUCUUUGUGUUUGGACGACGUUACACCUCAACAUUCCCGAUCACACGGAAACGCGCUGGAGUCGAAGAUUGAUGAGAGGGCCGCUUUGGGUACUCAUCGGCAUAUUCGCUCCCGAAUUUGUCGCGUACAUUGCUUGUAAGCAGUGGUGGUACGCAGGUAGCCUUAGAAGGAAAAUGUGCAAACUUUUCGGAGAUCGUCAAGUUAAGGUUGAUCAAUCUUUGUUAUCGGUUGUGAUCGACGACGACACCCAGCGAAUUCAAAUGCGAGACCAAAACGUGGAAGUUGAAGAACCGCGUGCGGGCCCACUACGGAGACAUCUUUGGACAAAGACACACAGCCACCUCGCUCUCAUGGGUGGAUUCGUAUUCGAUACAAGCAAGUUGGAGAAGAACUUUUUUCCACAAGGCCGAACACGACUCACGCUGACGGCGGCAGCUCUGCGCACACUUGCUGAAUAUGACCCUGACCUGAUCCCGGAUAUAUCAGAAGGCGAGAUCAAAGACAAGAGUAAAGCUGACCAUCUUGGUAAAACUCUGGUUUGUCUUCAGGCAAUCUGGUUCAUUGUUCAGACUGUAGGACGCAUGGCAGCGAGCUUUCCCAUCAGCCUACUGGAGCUUAAUACUUUUCUUCAUGCCCUUUGUUGCCUGGUUGUAUAUACGGCAUGGUGGAACAAGCCGCUCGAUAUCCAGGAACCCUUCAUCAUCGAUGUCUUUGAAGACCGCACUCGCAAGAUAUGUGCGUCCAUGGUAAUGAACAGUCCUAUCAAUUAUGAACGCCACGUUCAUGGUGCCAAGGGCAUGACAGCAAGGAUUCACCACUUCAAUUAUAUGAAAGAUAAGUGGCCAAGUAGCCAUAAUAUCACAAUUCCUGCGAGUAGCGAAGAACAACCGUUGAGACUAUAUUCUGGCCAGAUGUGUUUCAAUUUCCGUCUUGAUCUCAGGGGUGUUCCCGACAGCGCAUACAUCAAACUUCACCCCACAGACAUAGAAUGCUUCCGACUAGCUCAGAAUUAUAUGAACGACGAGGACAAUAGAGGACGGGACCGCGAAGAGUACCGAGGUGCGCUUUCCAGGCCUAUAGCGCCUAUGACAUAUACGUCAGACUACGAUUUGGACUCGCUCUCUUUCGGCAUCUUGGAACGAUUUGACUGGCCCCAGGAACUCUUUCCACUUUUCCAUGCACAUAGACUAGACCACGUCUUGAAAGCAGGCUCAAUGAUAAUUGCCAUUAUUUAUGGUGGAUGUCAUCUGCUUGCCUGGAACGGACCAUUUCGUACUACGGCCGAAAAGACAGUCUGGCUCGUAUCCUGUUUUGUUAUCAUUAGCCCGUUGCCUCUCACUAUACUCUUCUUCGCUCUUGUAGCGCUACUUCUGUGGGUUAACGACUUCUGGAGCUUUCUGGCAGAUAAAGACUUCGAACGCUGUAGAAUAGCUAAAUUGUCUUUUAAGUCGGUGAAGCUGUUGAGAAGCCAAGCACUAUGGGACGAUCGGUGGAUUUACUUGUCUCUUCUAUUCUGUUCUGUGUCCGCGAUGUGCUACAUCGCCGCAAGAGUCUAUCUCAUCGUAGAAUGUUUUAUAAACCUCGCGCAUCUUCCCGACAAAGUAUACGAAGAACCGGAAUGGAGUCAGUUUCUUCCCCAUCUUGGCGCUGGAUGA